AUGGCGUUCACCCCAGGUAGCAUUUGCUACUUGGAUUACGGUGAGGCUCCACCGUGCAUCCAUACUAGACUAGUCCUUGCAGCUUUGGAUGAUCCGAAUGCACCUGGCGAUUUCGUAGUCUGCAGUCCAGAUUUGGACAUCUUUGUAGAACAAUUAGAAGCUGGAAAUGUCGAUCUCACUGGUUUUUUUCCUGGUGUGGCCAAUGGUAUGCCACCUCCGGGAGUGAACCCAGCGCAUAUCUAUGGGUUCCAGCCUAUGAGGCCUGCUGACUACGCAAGAUUGCUGGAAGCCGGAAGAAACGAAGCAAGUCGCGAGCUUGCUGUUGCUGGGCUUCCUGUUGCUGCUCCCGAUGCUGGAACUCAAGUGUGGAUCCUCGCUGAGUAUGUUGAGGGAAGGAAAAUAGGUGAACGUUUGAUACCACCAGCGGGGCACCCGAAAAGUGGGCCUUGGGGUCUGAUGGACGUUGUAGACAAGAACAAUGUGAGCAAGCCAUGUUUGAUCCAUCACAUUCUGGAGACAGACAUCCCUGCGUUCUGUGAGGAGCGUGUCCGGCUUGCACGCCUGACUGAGACCACAGAGGGCGAUGAUCGCCUGGCAGGAGAAGACGUCAGGACCCUGGAAGUGAGAUAUGGAAUGAACGGUGAAAGGCUUCGCAAUUUCAGAGAAAGCAUCAAUGAGGUUCAAGUUUGUGAGUUUGAGGACUUUCCGUUUGAGCCACGUACGGCCCUCGACUAUGCCAAGGCCAUAGCAAGCAUUGCCGAGUCUGCCACGGCUCAGCAUCACCUGUGGAUUGGCGCAUCUCGUAUCCCGGAAGGGGACCGAAGUGUGUAUGAGGACGAGGUGUUAGCUCGUGUGUUGGACCUCGCAGUGACGUAUGACAGUCUGAACAUUGGGAACCUAGCUUGCAUGGAGCUGGUAUGCCGCAGAAGGCAGUUGAUCUCGGAUGCUCACUCCAGCAGCCCUGGUGCGCCCAGCUAUACAGGAGCGGAAGACUACCUGGGACAGACCUACAAGCAUGGUGGAGGCAUCGUUGUCCCAGCCCUCACAGACUUUGUGUCAAAGAAGAUGCAGGCCCAGUCCCAAAUUUUGAAGGAGCGACGAAAAUUGGCUGAGGCUAAGAUCACCAAGAAGGGAAACCCCAAUCCAAAGGCUGCCCCGAAGGGUCCCUUCAGGAGAAUGCAGCGUGCAAACUGGAGCAGCUCGGUUUUUCACAAACCCACGGGAGAUGGACGUAAACGAGAUGCCUUUCCUUUGCCAACUCUUGAAUUAGAGUCUGCGCCUCGUGGGCAAGUGUGCCGAUCGGUUGCCCAGCGAAUUCAGUCUCGUCGGGCUGUCACUUUUGAGGUGAACAAGUCCAUCAAUGCCUUGAAUUCAUUAUUUUUUGGUGGUAAUGGGCCUAGCCACGGGUCAACGGUUUCUUCACUGUGUCGCUUGCCUUCUAAUCAGAGAGCGGCCAUCGGAGAUAUCAUUGAUUCUGUGAAGCGGUUUGGUCCAAACCCCACUGGUGCAACUGGCUCAGAAGCCCUAGGGGCGCUUCGAGCGGCCUCGUCUGGAUAUGAUGAUGCUGCACUAGGCGUUGGUGAUGUGGUGCCCCUCAACCUUGAUCAUCUCUCUCUGCCGGAAGGCUUGAAGUCAGGGGUGGAUUUGUUGGGGGCGCUGGAUGACAGUGUUCGUUGUGUUGUGGAGGAUUUUGAGGAGCACAUGUUGCAGGAUGCUGAUGUUUGGACAUGGAUCUCCAGAAAUGCUCAAAAGCUAGUCCCUUAUGACGACCCAUCGCUUCGAUCGAAAGGCAAGUACCUGGAGUUCCUGCGAGAGUUGCACGACCGUGGAAUUCUUGGCUUCACUCAGGACUGCCGCGGAAGGGUUGGAGCUUUCACGGUUUCUAAGCUAAUUGGGUCACGCGAUUAUGGGAGUGUUUGUGCAAGCAUGCGUCGGUUUUGUCCAGCCAUUGUGGUAUUACCUAUGGGCUUCUCGUGGUCUUUUUAUUUGGUUCAGCAUAUUCAUGAGCAGUCAGUGUUGCGGAGCCUGCAAAUUCCGCGGGAUAACAUCAUAUUGGAGGGACAGCCAGCACCGACAGUCAGAGACAGCGAAGUCUUGAGCAUGCCCUAUUGCGACAAUAUUCACACACUCUGCACAGAUCCAGAUAUUUGCAACAGUAGCAAGUGUUUGAUUUCCCGUGACUUGGAGGAGCUGGGCUUCCAGCUACAUGAGGAUGAGCCAGCAUCCACUCUUUUCGAGACUUUGGGAGGAGUGGUUGAUGGGUCCAGGGGAGAGGUGAGGGCCACAGCGCAACGUGCAUGGCGAAUCAAAUUGGCCUUUGAACAUGUUCUCACUAUUCCUGUUUCUGGCAAGACUAUUCAGAAGCUGCUAGGUCAUGCAAUGUUCUUGUGUGUUCUCAAUCGUUGUGGUAUGAGUAUUUUUCGAUCUCUUUACGAUUUUGUUGAACGACAUUCAGAGGCUGGUGGUAAGUAUUGGCUACAAGGUAGAGAGGUUGAAGAGUGCAAGGUUUUUUCUGGCCUUAUUCCAUUGCUUUACAGUAGUUUGCGGAGGCAUUGGAGCCCAACAGUCACUUGUACCGAUGCUUCGCCUGCUGGCUAUGGGGUUUGUGAGACAGUUUUGGACCCCAAAGAUGUCAGCGACAUUGGCAGGUGGCACGAGAAGUGGCGCUUCAAGCGGCUGAAGCCGGAGCAUUGGAAUCCUAGGAGACGAGCAGGGGGGCUGGAUGUGUUGGGGGAUCCCUCUUCUGUUUUGGGGGUCGAUGAGGAGGAGCGUCUUUUAGAUCAAUAUGUGGUUGAUAAGGACUUCCCUGAAGUUAACCCAAUUUUUUUGGAUCCCAACGGGUGGCAGACAAAGUUGAUGGGCAAAUGGAACAACACCACUGAGCACAUUACAAUCAAGGAAGGGCGGGCUCUGGUUCUGGCUUUUAGGCGGCUUUGUAGGGCUGGUCAUUCCAGAGGAAAGAGGCAUCUUUUUCUUUGUGACAAUCUUUCAUUGGUUUUUGCAGCAAACAAGGGUAGGGCACACAGCUAUGACAUGCUUCGCAUUACACAGCAGUUGAGCGCACUGUCCCUAGCCGGUGGUUUCAGCUAUAGGGUGAGAUGGAUUCCAUCAGAGCACAAUACCGCUGAUGGCCCCUCGCGCGGGCAAGUCCGUGCGGGUUCUUUCCAACCCUUCCCAUGUGGCACCACUGAAGCGGAGGGGGCCUGCGAGAUUGUUGAGCAGCCCACCGCCGCAGAUGAGCUUCCCAAUGAAACACGUUGUGAAGACUUGCGAGAAGAAGAAGGCCAAACCGGCCACUCGAGUGAUGAGGAGCGCAAGCGUGAAGUCGAGACCACCACCUCGUCGAAGGGUCGAGAGGCUCCCACUGCGACUGGAGACAGAUGUGGGGCGCCGGGCUCAAACUGGCAGGAUGACUAUUCUGGAAGAAAGGUCAGUCAGUGCCGAGGAGACCAGGUAGACCUCGCCCUAGCGGACUUCCUAGACGUGAUGUUCGUGGAGGGCCGGUCAGCCAACGAGGGGGAGAAGGUCGUGGCAUCAGUGGAAUACCAUUUGCUGGAGUCAAAGGGUACUCUGGCGCACAGCCGUCGGGCCUUGAGGGGUUGGCGCAAAGAGAAGCCGCCUCAGAGCAGGCUGCCUCUUCCUGCAUUGUUGGCAGAGGGCAUGGCAAUGGUACUAUUAGGUCAAGGGAGGCGACUCAAAGCAAUCAAGCUGCUGGUGGAUCACGACACGUAUCUGCGUCCUGGAGAAUCCAUAGAUCUCAGAGGAAAGGACCUGGUUGUUCCCAUCAUGGGUGGCGGUCAGCAGUAUCGUCACUACAACCUCGUGGUGAGGGACGCCGAGGCUGGAAAGCCAGACAAGGUGGGAGUGUACGACAACAAUGUGCCUUUCAACACACCGGGCAAGGAAUACCUCGGGCAGAUCCUGCAUCAGCACGUGGCUCAGUUGAACAAACCAGAGGACAAGAUCUACAACUUCAGCUCUGCAGACUUUCGAAAAGAUUUUGCGGAGGCUGGAAAGAUUUUAGGCAUUUCAGGGCUGCACCCAUAUCAGCUUCGUCACGGAGGGGCAGCCGAGCAGCUGCAUUCAGGUGUGAGGGACCAUGCGGCCGUGAAGGCACGGGGUCGCUGGCACACCGACCAGUCUGUGAGACGCUACACCAAGACAGGGAAGAUUCAGCAGCUCCUCUCCAAGUUGUCACCCGUCAGCUUGGAGUUCUGUCGGUGGUCGAAGCGAAACAUGGAACAGGUCCUGAGGGGAAGUAUCCGUCCUCGAGAAGUGCAUAUCAACUUGCAGGAUGUCCCUGCAUCUGGCAAAAAAGGUGUUCAAGUGGGCCACCUCCAACCCCACCACCACAUCGGAGAUAUCACUGACAUCACUUUUGAACACACCAGCCACAACCUGCCUUUGAAGAAGUGCGUGUCGUUGCUGGCCAAUGUGAACCUGCGAUUCUCUCUUCACUUUGGCCUCAUUUUCUAUGCCAACAUCGACACGGUCUCGCUUUUGAUGAAGGCAUCGGCAGACAUCAAUGAACAAUUGGAAGUUCCCAUGAAGAAAACCGGCUGGUGGAUGUUGCUGAAGUUGUUGAGUUUACGCCACACGGUGAGUCCGUCAGCUUUGACCUAUUUGGCCUAUCACCAUUCUGGGGCAACUCCACUGAUGUUGAGCAUCAUCACAGGCAAGUUUGAUUGUGCAUCUCUUCUCUUGGCGGCUGGCGCGCGCGUGGACCUCAAGAACAGACGGGGAAAGACUGCCGUUGACAUCGCCCAAGAGACUCGCGCGCCUAUUUCUUUGACAAGACCACCUGCUGAUGGGACCGACUCAGUGGAAUCGUACCAGUCUGAUCCUCUUGUCAGUUGUUCAUUUUGA